GCCAGAGCAGAGUGGCAGCCGAGAUUUCGGCUUGAGUGCAGGUGUUUGGUGCGUCGAGUGCGGACGAACGUGGCCCGACGAGGCCCAGAUUCAAGGGGCCGGCGGCCCCAUGAUGGCCCGCGCACCCAAAAUCAAUCGCAACAGUGCCGCCUGACCUUUUUGUUUCGUCGUUGUGGACAAAACAUGUUGCUUGGUGCGUCCUGAUCGAAUUAACUUGAAAACUCAGUUUGUUCCGGACAAUCACUUUAUUGAAACGCGCGCGGCAGUGCCUUACAAUUGUUGUGAUCUUAUCAUGGAGGAGGGCAGCAAAAGGGCGGCCCUAGCGUCACAGGAGACCCUGGGCGCGACAUCGGACCUGACUGCUGAUGCCUCCUUCAAGGGUGAAGAAUGUGGCCUUUGCAACGUGGACUCGUCAACCGUCGAAACGGCGACGGUGCACCUCGAGUGCAACAACAAGGUCUUCGGCAACGACGCUAGUGAGAUCCAAACGCCUUAUUCGAAUUACGCAAACAUGUUCCAGUCGUCUGGAAUUGGAGAGCCGAGUGUUUUUCACGCGCUCGUCGUUAUUUUUCUUGAGUUCUUCGCUUGGGGACUUCUGACUGUACCAAUCAUAGCUGUGCUAAAUGACACAUUUCCUGAUCACACCUUCUUGAUGAACGGUCUAAUCAUGGGCAUCAAGGGAUUCCUCUCGUUCAUGAGCGCACCUCUGAUCGGUGCAUUGUCAGACGUAUGGGGGCGCAAGUUUUUCCUGCUCAUCACCGUCUUCUUCACGUGCUCGCCGAUCCCCUUAAUGACCAUCAACACGUGGUGGUUCUUCGCCAUGAUCUCCAUCUCGGGCGUGUUCGCCGUCACCUUCUCCGUCGUCUUCGCCUAUGUCGCUGACGUCACCGAGGAGAGCGACCGCUGCCUUGCCUAUGGACAAGUUUCGGCCACAUUCGCAGCCAGCAUGGUGAUCUCGCCUGCGCUGGGCGCAUACUUACUGAACAUGUACGGCGAGGCGGUAGUGGUGGCGCUGGCCACGGCCAUCGCAGUUCUCGACGUCUUCUUCAUCCUGGUCGCCGUGCCCGAGUCGCUGCCUGAGAAGAUCCGACCGUCGUCAUGGGGCGCUCCCAUUUCAUGGGAACAGGCUGACCCCUUUGCUUCGCUGAAGAAGGUGCGAAAAGAUCCCACCAUCCUGAUGCUCUGCGUGACAGUAUUCCUCUCCUACUUGCCUGAAGCAGGACAAUACUCGUGUAUUUUCGUUUAUCUUAAAUUAGUUAUGGGCUUCAGCGUGGUGAUGGUAGCCAUCUUCAUCGCAGUGAUCGGCAUCCUUUCAGUGUGCGCUCAGCUGAUUCUUGGCUUCCUGAUGAGGGUGCUCGGCCCGAAGAAGACCAUCAUGGCUGGUCUCUUUCUUGAAAUGCUUCAGCUCUUGUGGUACGGCCUUGGCUCGCAAACAUGGAUGAUGUGGGCGGCGGGACUGCUGGCGUCCAUCUCGAGCAUCACAUACCCAGCAAUCAGCGCCUUCGUGUCGAUGCACACGGACGCGGACAAGCAGGGCCUGGUGCAGGGCAUGGUGACCGGCAUGCGCGGCCUCUGCAACGGCCUUGGCCCCGCCAUGUUCGGCGUCAUCUUUUACCUCUUCCAUGUGGACCUGAACGAGGUCAGCUCCCCGGCACCCGCUAUCCCAGGCGCCAACGUUUCAAGCCACACACCUGACGUCCAUUGGCGUCACGCAGACCAGGCGUUCCCUGGACCUCCAUUUGUUUUCGGUGCGGCCCUGGUGGUAUGCGCCCUGCUUGUUGCUUACUUCAUCCCAGAGGGAAACUCAAUGGGAAAUAAUUUGCGGCCAACCUCAUCUCGCAGACAUUCUGGCGAAACAGUUUUAAAAAGCAAACUUCCUGAGCGCGACACAGCAGCACUGACGAUUGCAUGAUUUAAUUAGUCUCGAUUUUAGGGUGGUUUGUCGAUGGAAAUUCAAUACGAAGUAGAUAGGAAGAAGCAUGACGCACCUGGACCUCACUCGCCCUUGGUAGAAGACGCAAAUAUUCUGUAAGACGCGCCGCAGACAAUUCAAAACUAGUCCCCUGUCCAUUUCACUCGCUGUAUCUCUCUAACUCUUUCUACGCAACUGUUGAUGCAUGUAUGUGUCUCUGAAGAAUCGGUUCAGUCAUCUCCCUCCCCCCUACUAAACGCUGCUAAGAUACAUAAAUUAAUAUGAAUAUAUCGAUGGUAGUUGAGAUGGUAUAUUUAUUCUUGUUAACAAAUAUUACUCGUUACUGAGAAAGGCGGUUAAAGAAAAGAUUGCAAUUAUUUUUCAAAAGACGGCAAUACGCAAUAAGAUGUUCAAAUUUUAAACGAAGAGAAUUGAAGCUUGGAGUGAGGCUCUUUUAAUUCAAAUCAAACAGUGAUAAAAUCUAUUUCAACAAAUUACAGUACUUACAAGGCAACCCUGCGUAUCUUCCAAGUUUGAAAGUAUUUUUUUAUGUUAAUACAAGCAACCAGUUAAAGUUUUUCUAACUAUCAUUGCUUUUUAUUUGUGGAGAUCAUGAAAGAAUUGAUUGUUUAUCAAUAAGCAGACAAAAAUUACUAAAUUUUUCAUUAAAUUAGGAAGUUAUGCCGGGGUAUUUAUCAAACCAAAAGUGAAAGUAUCCACGGCUCUAUUUUGGAAAAUUUUCCAAGUGGCCAUGAACUUGAUUUUUUUCUCUUUGAAAAUUAGAUUAAAUUUUAACCGCUCCUCCUUCCAAGCUUAACCAAUCGACAAAGCUCAUUGGAGAACUCAUGGCUGAUAGAAACCUACCAACUGAUGUGUAAGUAAUAUUGAACGAGGUGAAGAUAAAAAAGAUGAAACUACUAGUGUUACUAUGCAUUUAGAACUGUUGCUAUUCAUUUAGUGGCAGUCGUUAAAAAAAGCCCAUUGUCAUUUGAACCCCGUACUUUAGGCGUGUCAUACCAAAAAUAGAGAGGCGCCCAGCAGGGUAAAUUAAUUAAUUCAGUCCUGAUCUCAUAGAUGAUGCAAGAUGUCUGCUAACAGGAUUAUAACCACCGUCAUUACAAUGUUUUCCAUUCCGAGCUAGGCGCGAGUUUUGUUUUAGUGUUGAAUGUUUCAAAAGAGUGACUGAGCCACCACGUGUUUUGAUUCGAGACAGAGAGUGCGUCUGUUGAAAUCCAUUUUCACACCAUGACAACUUUGCCAAGUGGCUCGGCAGGAUUUUGUACAACUUAAAUACCAAACUGUAUUGGUUCGAAAUCAAGUGACUAGCAUAUUUCUCAUCCUACCGAAAAUGUUGUGUUUACACGUCGCGAGAUGAACACUUUAAUUAUCAAUCAAAAUAAGAGACCAGAUUGCUUGCUUGAGUAUGAUUGUGUUUGUAUUAUCUUUUACCACCAUAUGAUGCGAAAAAUUAUAAUUAUAAUGAAAGGUUCAAAUGAAGGAAUAUGUGAAGUACGUAAUUUAGGGAGUUAUUGUCCUUCUGUUUCAAUAAAGAAGUGAAACAACCAUAUAAA